UAAGAAGAAAAAAGCCUUGUCCUCUCCUGUCGUCAGCAACCACCGGCACUCGUCAGACCGAUCUAGGGUUCGCAGUCGUCAUGUACCGCAUGGCAGCUUUACGAGCAAAGGCUCUUACGGGCUGUCUUAGCCGCGGUUUCAGAGCAUCACGCUAUGCAAGCUCAACUGCUGCUAUUGCAACGGCUUCAGCAGUUUUCUCAGGUAGCUCGAUUCCUUCGUUGAACAUUCCCUUGGAAGGUGUCUCUCUUCCACCAUCACUCUCUGAUAAUCUCAACCCUAGCAAGCUUCACACCACUACUCUUCCCAAUGGUCUCAAAAUAGCCUCUGAGAUGUCUCCGAAUCCAGCAGCUUCGGUUGGUUUAUACGUUGACUGCGGCUCUAUCUACGAGACACCUUAUUCACGCGGAGCUACGCACUUGCUUGAGAGGAUGGCUUUCAAGAGCACGUUGAACAGAAGCCAUCUCCGCCUUGUGAGGGAGAUAGAGUCCAUGGGAGCCAGCACUUCAGCUUCUGCAUCUAGAGAGCAGAUGGGUUACACCAUCGACGCUCUCAAAACAUAUGUUCCUCACAUGGUUGAAGUGCUUGUCGACAGUGUGAGGAACCCUGCGUUCCUCGACUGGGAAGUCAACGAAGAGCUCGGGAAAGUGAAAGUGGAGAUAGGAGAGCUUGCAAAGAACCCUAUGGGUUAUCUCCUCGAGGCGGCUCAUUCUGCUGCUUACUCUGGCGCUAUGGCUAAUCCUUUGUACGCACCUGAAUCUGCAAUUAGUGGAUUAAAUGGAGACGUCUUGCAGAAGUUCGUUUCCGAGAACUACACUGCCCCACGAAUGGUGUUAGCAGCUAGUGGAGUCGAACAUGAGGAGCUUUUAAAAGUGGUUGAGCCAUUACUCUCUGACCUUCCUAAUGUAACUCGACUAGCAGAACCUAAGUCUGAAUAUGUUGGUGGAGAUUUUCGUCAACAUACUGGUGAUGAGGCUACACAUUUUGCGCUUUCUUUUGGAGUGCCAGGAUGGGAUAAAGAGAAGGAAGCUGUUAUGGCCACUGUUCUUCAGAUGCUUAUGGGAGGAGGUGGCUCAUUCUCUGCGGGAGGUCCUGGCAAGGGAAUGCACUCUUGGCUCUAUCUCCGUAUUUUGAACCAAUACCAGGAGUUUCAAUCAUGCACUGCAUUCACUAGCAUCUUUAACAACGCCGGAUUGUUUGGAAUCUACGGUUGCACUAGUCCUGAGUAUGCUGCAAAGGGAAUUGAAUUAGUAGCUGAUGAAAUGAAAGCUGUUGCUGAAGGAAAAGUUAACCAGAAACAUCUCGAUCGUGCCAAAGCAGCAACGAAAUCUGCAAUUCUGAUGAAUCUUGAAUCUAGGAUGAUUGUAUCAGAAGACAUCGGUAGACAGAUACUUACAUACGGAGAGAGGAAGCCAGUGGAUGCAUUCUUGAAGACAGUUGACCAACUCACCUUAAAGGACAUAGCAGAUUUCACCAGCAAGAUUAUUGCAAAGCCAUUGACGAUGGCAUCUUUAGGAUCAGUGUUGAAUGUUCCAAGCUACGACUCCGUAAGCAGUAGAUUUUCUUGAAGCUCUCUGCUGAAAGCAAAGGAUCUUUUCUCGCGUCAUAAGAAAGAGUGGGGCGGGGGAGGUCUUGUAAAAUAAAGAGAGAGCAUUUUUUUAGGAAGAUGCAACUACUUUUCUUAUUGUUUCAUCACACAGUUUUUUGAACUCUGAGAAAAGGAUAAUCCCUUUAAAAUGUCGACUAUUUACGACCAUGUCUCCAACUUCAGUUCUUGAAUAAUAAUUGUUACGUUUACCAAGUU